AACACCCAAAACCUAACCUAGCAGUAAACCCGAGUUCCCUCCUUAGCUAAAAAUUUGGGUCAACUCUCUCUCUCGGCCUCCCUCCGACUCACCCUCAAUCACCAUUGCUCUCGGCCUCCCUCCGACCCUCUGACUCACCAUCGCUCUCACCCUCAAUCACCAUCGCUCUCACCCUUAAUCCCCCUCACCCUCUCAACCUCACCGACCCUAACUCUCCACCUCGCUCUCACUCGAUCUGAGCGGGUUUUUCUUACUUCAAGCUUUGAUUCAGAUUAUUUCAUUGCUUUUGGAGAAUGGAGCUGAUGUAAAACUCCAGAAAUUACUGUGGGGCAGGUAUGAUACUUGGUGUUGUUCUAAUCUAAUUAUGAGUUUGUUUAUUUGAUUUUGAGCAUUGCAGUCUCUGUUUGAGUUAAUUCUGAGAUGUGGGUGGAUAGAAAGAUUAUAACUUUGUGUGGUUUGAUGCAUAAAUUGGCUUUGGUGCUCUGAUGUGUGGAUUUGGGAUCCCGGCGAAAGCAUAAAUGCUUUCUGAUUCUCUUGUGAAGGCAUUCCCGGCGACGACGUCAUUAUAGUUCAGCAAGGCAAGAAUCCCGGCGACCCGAUCGUUGUCACGGUCAAUUGCCCCGACGAGGCCCGGCUUCGGCUACGACCUCUGCAUAAUUGUGCUCCAGUUCGGCCUUUACAUUACCAAAGGAGGUUCUUGAGAAUUUCACUGCAUUAGGAAUGGUGGUUGAAGAGACCGUGCAUCUUUUGGCACCAUCAAGAGAAAAUGUGUCACGAAGUAAUAUCCCUUCUCAGGAAAGAUUGGAAAGGUUUCCCAUGGAGAAUGGCGAGUGUUUUUCCCAUACUAAGUUACCUGAGUCUAGGAGGCGUAGAGUCUCUGCUGUUCGUGAUUUUCCUCUAGGGUGUGGACCAUAUGAUCAGUUAAGCAGUUUGAGACCUGUCAAAGAGGUGGCUUCUGUUGGUAUUCCAAAUGAAGAGGUGGCUACUGCUCUGUUGGAUAGAAAUUGUUUUUCACCACCUGAUGGAUCCACAUCUGUAUCUAAUGACAAUGAUCCAGAAAAGAUUCCAGAUAAAAUGUAUCCUCGUGGAAGUGUAGUAGAAGCUGUUGGGGACUUUCCUACAUUCUGUGGAGUAAAUGCUUCUUUGGAGGCCAGGACUUUGGGUCAAAAGAAGUCAGUUAUGGGUUACAAACCAUCAUCAUUAAACACAGUGAAGACUGAUGUGAAACAAACGGGAAUUGGGGACAGAGUUCAACCUAACACUGAGGAAAAAAUUCACAGGGAAAAGCCUUUUGAUAUAUCUCAUUCUCCCAACCAUCUGCAUGAAGAAGAUUUUGAAAGCUCGCGACUUCCAUUGGAUAAGUUGGUUGUGUUGGAUUCUGAUCAAUUGCAGGUUAGUAUGGGAGACAAACCAUCAUCAUCAAACACUGCCAAGACUACUGUGAAAGAACCAGGAGUGAAUCUUCAAAAUGAAGAGUUUUUGAAAGAAUGUGAUCACAGCAUUGAGAUGCGAAAGAAGGUGUCAGGUGCAUUGCGCCUGUUUAGUGUUGUUUUUGAAAGUCUAGAAGAUGAAAAGUCAGAGGAAGGAUCUGCUCCUAAAAGGGUUGAUCUUAAAGCUGCAAAGAUUCUCAAGAAGGAAGGAAGGUUUGUAAACACAGGCAAGCAAAUUAUUGGGCCUGUCCCAGGUGUUGAGGUUGGUGAUGAAUGUAAAUACAGAGUUGAACUCACAAUUAUUGGCUUACAUCGCCAGACUCGAGCAGGUAUAGACUUUGUGAUGCAUGGUGGUAGGAUUCUUGCCACCAGCAUCGUUGCCUCAGGGAGCUAUGAAGAUAAGAUUAGCAAUGAAAUGUCUAUAAUAUAUACAGGCCAAGGAGGAAAUUACAUGCUUCCAAGGAAGAAAGCUUAUGAUCAGAAGCUUAAAAGGGGAAACCUUGCUUUGAAGAACAGUUUGGAUGAACAAAAUCCGAUCAGACUCAUUCAUAGGCUUUACUCUUCUGAUGGUCAAAGGAAAUACGUGUACAAAGGGCUGUUUGUAGUAACAAAAUGUUUCCGGAAAAGAGGAACUCGGGGAAAGCUGGUUUGGGAAUUUCAUUUGCGCCUCCUGUUGUAAUAUGCUGGUUUGAGAAAUUGUAAUUACUUACUACUUGGACCAAGUGUAUUCAAAUUGGGCUUGGUCACGUCCGGUCCAACUGAACUUCGCCC